UCUGAAAAAAAAUUUUAGCACGGGGCCUAUUCUGAAAAAAAAUUUUAGCACAUGUCAUAAGCAUUUAUCACAUCUAAAGUGAUUAAUUCUGUGGUAAACUGAAGUGACAAACUGAUUUACCACAAAAUUUUUUUUCAGAAUAGGCCCCCAGGAGGCGAGGCAGGCCUAUACCGAAUAAUUAAAUGGGACUGUUUGGUGAAUCGUGCGUGGUACGUGUUAAUACAUCGAUAUUAUCGAUACCAAUAUUAUCGAUCGUAGCUCUUGCACAUGGUUUCUUAUAUUCGUAUUCAUAUAUAAGAUAAACCAUAACCUCCUCGCUGUUUUGCCUCGUAUUAAAAUUAACAAAAGCUGAUUAUGAAGUAAGAAUAGUUUAAUUGCAAAUUAAAUUUGGAAAAAUGGUUCUUCAAUCUUUAGUACGAUAUGCAAGAUCAAGGGGACCUGAUGAGUUUUGGCGAAAAAGACGUAUCUUCAAAUUAUCAGCUCACUUUAAAGGACGUUUUAGAAAUUGUUAUAGUAUGGCUAUUAGAGCAGUGCACCGAUCUUUACAAUUUGCAACCAAAGGAAGACAAGCUCAAAGAUCAUACCAGAGAAUGGUGUCACAUGAAAGAGUUGAUGCAGCUUGUAUAGAACAUGGUAUGAAUUUGAAAGCAUUGAAAGAAGGUUUAUUAAGGUGUAAUAUUCUCUUGAAUUCUAAAAGUUUGGCUGAGCUAGCAGUGUGGGAACCACGUACCUUCAAAUCAAUUGUUAAAAUAGCAUGUGCCAGAGUUAAACAAGAUGGUUUGAAUAUAAUUAAGAAUUUACAAAAGCCUACUGGAGUUAUUAAUAGAGGAGAGAUCAAGUAAUUAUCAU